AUGUCGGAUAUGUCAAAGCUUCUCUCCUGGGGCAUCGAGAAUUCGGUGCCUGGUGCACCCGAAGAUAAAAGAACCGAGUUGGAUCCUGCUCUUCUCGCCAAGCUCUUUGGCAACCAAAAGGAUGACUCCACCAUGAUGAAAGAAUCGAUGGCCGCAAUCCUCGACCCCGAGGUACCCCUCCCCGACAAAGAAACCGCCUUCGAUAACUUCGAGAUGCUUGUCGAGAAUCUCGACAAUGCCAACAACAUCGACAAUCUCAAACUCUGGUCCCCGUUGAUCUCUCAGCUCUCUGCACCUGAGUUUCAGCUCCGCUUAAUGGCCGCUUGGUGCAUUGGGACUGCUACUCAGAACAACAUCAAGUCCCAGGAGGCCAUGCACAAGCACGGUGGUGUUCCAAAAAUCGUAGAACUUAUCCUGAAAGACCCGGAGGAGAAGGUCAGAACCAAAGCUGUAUAUGCACUCAGCAGUCAGGUUCGCAACUAUGAGCCGUCAUUGAAGCAGGCACUGGACUUGCUCCCAGAAGAGCUUGCGCUAAAGAAGGAUCUCGACGCGGAGGAUAUGGAGUCUAUCGACGAGCUGGUCCGGAAAUUAAGGGAAAGAGUGAAGAAGGUUAUUAGUGCAUAA